AUGGAGGCGAUCGUGCUGGACAAUGGCUCUGGGGUGUUCAAGGCUGGAUAUUCGGGUGAAGACACACCACGAACGACGUUCACAACAUGUGCUGGACGCGUGAAGAACCCCGAGUGGUUUGCAUCCCAGGCGCCCAAUUGGAAGGCUGAACUACGCGACCGGGAGACCUUUAUUGGGGCGGAGUGUCAGCAGUAUCGCGACUUUCUGGAGCUCUCGAAUCCGAUCAACCGCGGGAUUGUGGAAGACUGGGAUGCAUUGGAGCGCAUGUGGGAGUUCGUGUUUGCUCAGGAAUUGCGAGUGGAUCCUGAGACUGCAGCUUUGCCUGUACUCUGCAUUAGCUCUCCAUCUGGACCAAAAAAGCAGCAGGAACGCAUGGCGCAGCUCAUGUUCGAGUCGCAGAAGGUGUGUGGCUUCUACUUCAUGCAGCAGUGUGUGCUUUCUCUAUUUGCAUCGGGACGUACUCGAGGAAUAGUGGUGGAAGUAGGUCACGGCUCGAGUCACGCGAUACCCAUCUUUGAGGGUUACGCGCUGCCUCAUGCAGCACUACACUAUAACGCCGGUGGUGUUGAUAUCAGUCACCGCCUUCAUAUGCUGCUAUCCAAACGUGGAGUAGCUUUCCACUCAUUUCCACUGCAUACGAUCGACCAAAUCAAAGAGUCUACCUGCGCGAUGGGGAACGGUAUGAACAAACAAGGUCAGAAUCAACAGGACGAAGCGAGUAAGCCAUUCGAGCUACCUGAUGGGACGAUAUUGCAGGUAGAUCGCGUUGCUCAAACGAUGCCGGCAGAAGUACUCUUUAAGCCGCAGGAGCUAGGAGACGAACAUCCGCUACGUCCAGACAAAGGACUGCACGAAUGUGUGGCUACGAGUAUUGCAAUGUGUGACAAGGAUCUGCAAAGCGAUCUGCUCAACGCUGUCGUACUCGCUGGGGGCACCACCAUGCUGCCUGGCUUCUCGCGUCGAUUCCAGGACGAGCUCAAGGCCGUUCUACCAGGCGGCAAUUUUAACGUCGUCCCGGAUCCCGUAAUCCGAGAGCGAGGCUAUAAUUCGCAGCGGAAGAUCGCCGCAUGGGUCGGAGGGUCCAUGUUUGCCUCGCUUGAUACGUUUCGAGACAUUCACAUCACCAAACAGGAAUGGGAAGAGUAUCACGAAGCCAUUCUGGAUCGAAAAUGCUUCUAAAACAACAAGAUAGGAUUCAUGCGCGUGUAUUUUAUUGGUUUUCAAGGUUACAGGCAGCAUCCAGCAAAGUAAAAGUCAAAGACACAGAAACAUGGAACGACAACUGGCAGCGUAAGAGUUAACGAGCUGAGUCGGAUCAGAUGUGGGCAUAGCUUAGCAGCCGCAGGGCUGGCGCAUCGCGUACUGCAUGAAAUGUAGCAAUAGCAUGAACAUCAUGAAGGUGUUGAGGUUCCAGUCUGUC